AUGGACCUAGCCGCGCUCGCGCCGUCCGCGCGGCCGCUGGGGAUGCACUCUGCCAACGCGGUGGGGAUAACCCUCUCAAUCCCGCCGUUCACGCUAUCACUCACCCAAUCCCCCUCUCUCCUACGCUCCAACGCCACACAAGGCACAACCGGCGCAGUGCUCUGGUCCAUAACCCCGCACCUCGCGCGGUACCUACUCUCGCCGGGCAGCCCGUUCACCCUACUCCUCACGCCCAGCAGCACAGUCCUCGAGCUCGGCUGCGGCGUCGCCGCCGUGCUCGCCGCGACGGUCGGCACCCGCGUAGCAGCGUACUACCAGAGCGACCUGCCCAGCAUGACAAAGCUCGCCGCGCAAAAUCUUGCCGCAAACCUUCCCCCUCCCCCGAGACGAAAGCAGCAGGGCUAUCGCCCGCCGAACGUGGUCACUAUCGAUGUGGAUUGGGAGAACACGGAGCUGCCCUCACAUCCUGCACUCCGCAAGAUGGGUGGGCCGCUGGAUCUGGUGAUCGCGAGCGACUGCGUGUAUAACGAGGGCCUCGUCCCCGCGUUUGUCGAUACGCUUGUGGCGGCGUGUCGGCUGCAUCGUGGCGAGGGCGAGGACGACGGCGAGGGGGAGGGGGAGGGGGAGGGGAACAGAGGGAGGACGCUGGUACUGGUCGCCCAGGAGACGAGGAGUCCGGAUGUUAUGGAGUGCUUUUUGAUAGAGUUCAUGCGCAGGUUUGUGGUCUAUAGGGUCCCCGAUGAUAGGUUGAGUGAGGAGCUAGGGGGCGAGAGGGGAAUCUGGAUGAAUAACUCAUUAUCCACCAAAACCGGCGGGAAGAAUUGGAAUCUCGAGUGA